AUGGACAGACAGGCCUGCCGCAUGGCAGCGCAUGAACUGAACACGACCAUUGCGUCUGCGAAGCGAAACACGGCCGAGCAGACUUCGAGAAGGCCUGCAAACCAUGUGCAUCGACAGUCGCGCACGAGGAAGGGGGCCUGGCGCCCCUCGUGCCGUGAGCCGCCAGCCCGCCACCAAGCAGGCACACGUAGUAGUGUAGCGGGCAGGACAAGAGCAGGAGCAGUUGCAGUUGCGUGCACACGCAGCAGACGAGACCCCGGACAGUCGACUGGGGGGGGGAGAAGAGGCCCAGGUGCAGCUGGGGAGGAGAGGCCAUGGCUGACCGAGAGCAGUAACCAGACUGGCGGGUCGAGUGCUUUUGCGCCGCACGCGACAAGACAGCUGGAGGGGCUGGGGGAUGGCGGGAUCCUGGUUCCCAGGGUUUGUACGUCUAUCGUCGCUGGGAAUCAUGGCGGCCUGGCUGACGGGGUUGCAGUGCGGGCGUUGCCAAGCAGAGGCUCGUCUGACAGGCGGGUGGUAGUGGCUAUGAUGCUGGUGGGUAUCAUGGCCACGGUAGUCGUCGUCGUAGUGGUGGCGGCCACGGGCGACUGGCGGCGCCGGCAAGCCAUCGAAGGCGCAUCGAAGGCACAGGAAUGCAGGUGGCAGUCGUAUGCAGCUGCAGGCCUCUCGAUCCAAGAGCCAACCCGCCGUGGUCCAUGGCACUGCAGCGAUAGCACUCCCGUCUCGGUUGCUGCUAACACGACUCGACUCGACUCGCCUCGACACGACACGACUCCUGUGCUUGUGCUGUUUGUUGGCUUCACCGGGGCGGCGCUGAUCUCUGGCGUUGAUCUCCCUGCCGCUCAGGAACACGCGGUGGUACCAGCCCUGUGA